GAUGCAAGCCACCGCGCUCAUAGCUGGCCUCGCUUAACCCUAAAACCCCUGAGUCCUAGGCGGCAGAUCUGCCCUGAAAGAGGGCGACAGGCUGACAGCGCCAGCCAACCGAGGUACCACAACUCACUCCUGAUUAGUGCGGAAACGGAUUCGCGGAAAAUGGCGAUGGUGAUGCUGACAGCUUGGCGAUGCAUGUGCGUGAAUCGAGGGGAGGUUUUGAUGGGAGAGGGAGAGAGCGGAGUGCGAACUGACCAAUGGGCGGGGUGAAUGGGAAUUUAAGAGUUUUGGAGGUGGGAUGGGGUGGAAUGAGUGUUUAUCCCCAAGGAGAUAAUUUCAAAGUAGGAUAGACAUCGCAAGAGAGUGAGAAACUCCUCUUCACAAUUCCACUUCCGAACUCCCACUCCCAAUCAUUACUCUCUCAUUCAUAUCAAGAUGUCUCCUCCACUACCCGUCCUCGCACCAAAAGUAUCUUUCAUCCUACAAGUCAAAAUAACUAUCGACCCCAAAGACCAAUCCACCUUCCUCCAACACUUCAAGCCAGUCUACGAAGCUGUGAUCAAUGAGCCGGAAUGUGCGUAUUUCUUUAUUGGGGAGAAUGCGCAAGAGCCGGGGGUGUUUAGAUGGACGGAGGGGUGGACGAGGGAUGUGGGGUGGUUUAUGGAGAAUCAAAUCACAAAGCCCUAUUAUGGGCCAUAUUUGAAGGCUACGGAGCCGUUGUUUAUCAAGCCGAGAGAAGCGGAGAUGUACACACCAAUUGAGGGAUUGGGACAUAUCACGAUGGAGUGACUGACGAAGCCAUAACAAGAAGGGGAAAAAUGAAUGAAACCAAAUCAGAU